AUGAUCCACAUGGCCGCCCUGCCGCUGAACCGGCACCUCGUGCACACGUCGACAUGGAGCGACCCACGAAGCCGCGCAUGGGACCUCGUCGACGCGCAUCCGCUCAACCAGCAAGUCGACGUCUUCCUGCCGUCGGCGACGCCCGGCAGCGUUGGGCCGCUUGCCCGCGAAGGCUUCUUCUUUUACGCGAUGCGCGUGUCACCGCUAGCCUUGCUGCAGGAAUGCUUGGCCAAGCCCGAGCUGCGCUACUACGCGACGCUCAAGAACGCACCGAUUGACGGCGCCAACACGCUCGGCCUCUUUCCCAGUGGCCACCUCGUGCUCGUGCUCGAUCACGAGACGUACACGCAGUUUGGCCUUGUCGGCGAGAAGAUUGCAACGGCGUCGGGCGAAGCGCUGCACGGGCGGCGGUACCGCGUCGUGAUCGAGCUCCAUGCAAACAACAUGGUCGACGCGGCCUCGUCGUUCCGCGCGCGUGUCCUCGCCUGCGUCGCGCGCUUCCCGCCGCUCGAUCUGCUCAUUUGCGCGGUUAAUGGCCGCGGCAGCUUCCAGACGAUCGCCAUCACCGACGCGAAUGACGCCGUCGACGACGAGAGCGAUGCAAGCGUCCGCAAGCGUAUCGAAGUCACGAGCCAGGUGCAGGCCUUUGCAGCGAUCGCGCUCCCGGCACAAAUCUCGACGACUUGCGAUCGGAACGAGAUUGCUGCUGUCUACGAAUGGCUCGGGUUGGUCGCCUGCCGCCUCUUAUCGCCGCUCUCAGACGAGUACCUCUCCACCUACGUGUCGCCGGUCGAGGCUACGACGCCGGGCCGCGCCGUGAGUCUUCGGUGGCGCGGUCUCAUCCCCGACACGCUCGUGCGCACAGCCGUCGAGUAUGCCAAGAAGCAGGUCGCGGACGGCGUCGCCCCGUUGGCGGCCGUGAGUGUCUGGGGCUUCCCGGAUACCGUCGCGUCAUGGUGGCAGAAGGGCCAUCGGCGGGACCACGGGUUCCAGCUCGAAGGCGCGAAUGGCUACACGGUCCUGUGCCUUCCGAACGACACCUACUGCAUCGUCCAGUCGCUCGGUGCGCAGGACGCGACCGUGUAA